UUGUGUAUAUAUUCUCAUAGAGAACCGAAUAAAUCAAACCGGUUUUGCUGUCAAAACAUCUGCCUAUCGUUAGUCAAGUUUUCUGUUAAUCAUUAGUAUGUAUUCAACGUCCGACGUGUGAGCUUCUAUUUUAUUUGUGUUGCACAGCAAACAGUUUUUUUUAAAGAAAAAAUAAACUCCAUUUAAAAAUGGCGAUGGAAAGUUUUGUGAAUCUAUUGAGUUUCUCAAACCCAGUUUUCAGUUCAUUUGCUUUUUGGGGCUCUAUUCUGGUGAUCAAAUGCUUGUUUAUGAGCACAUUUACUGGACUUUAUCGUUGGAAGAACGGUGUUACCUCAAACCCUGAAGAUGUAAGAAUGGCCGAAAGGAUUGGAAUUCGAGGUGAAACAAAAGAAACUGAUCCAGAUGUAGAUCGUGCACGCCGAGCCCAUUUGAAUGACUUAGAAAAUAUCUUACCAUAUUUAAUUGUCGGUUCAUUCUAUGUGUUGACAAAUCCAUCGUUGGGAACAGCCAAAUUGUUAUUCCAAGUUGCAACAAUUGCUCGAAUUAUUCAUACAUUUGUUUAUGCGAUUUUUGUCAUUCCACAACCAUCGCGCUUGCUCAGCUGGCUCGUUCACUAUCUCAUCACUUUGUAUAUGGCUGUGAUGGUAGUGAUCUAUAGCUAUAACAAGUAAUGACACACAAUUUAGUUCUAUUGUAAAAAUUGCGGUGUCAUAAGCUAAAAUGUUUUGUUUUUGUGUGUAAUAAACGAAUCAAUUAUCUAACUGAAAUGAA